AAACGAACUAUUUUCUUGCGAACUGAAUAUAGUUCUUGUAAGUGGUUGAAAAAAAUUGGUAAGGAAGACUCUUAAAAUUUAACUUAUGUUUUAUCACUGUGUUUGAAACUAAACUAAGUAAAAGGAAAUAGUUGUUGACACUAGACUCCUAGCAUUUAAAAGUUUGAAUCAUGCGUAGGGAGAUUUUAUCUUAUUGUCAUGUGAUGGUACGUAAUUCUAAAAAUAGACAACAACAAACACACUCGUGAUAAAGCCUGUCCUGUCACGGUCAAUAAUUCGUAAGGAAAAGUGAAAUAUUUUAAAAUGGAACAAUUUCGAUUUAUUUAACAGGAGCAAUAUCACCAAACCUACUACAUUAUUAAGCAAGAAUCUCAUAUGGGGUUGUCUUUAGAGUUCUUGGAUUAUUCCGUUUCAGAAAACAGCGUACAAAUGUUUGGUAUCAACAUUAUUUGGGUUAUUUUACCGUACCUGGCAUCACUACUUUGGACACACCCAGUAGCAGGUCUGUUUCAGAUUCCAACCCCGGCACCCGCUUCACCGGUCCACACCCAGCAACAACAAUGUGUUUGUACACAGCAUAAUGAAUUGAUAAUUUUUCAACGACCGAGUACUCAUUCGACUCCUCUAGGGAACAUGUACCUUGGAGACUGUAAACUUUAUUACCAAGAAAAGUUUCAUACACCUGGGUAUCUGCCUAUCUUACAUUAUCAUCAGGUUGGUUUCGUCAUCAAUGAUUCAAACACAAACGUUAGCCCAUGUCCUUCAUACGUCACGGAGAAGUAUGACAGACUGACAACUACAACGGCUCGACCUUCCCGUUGCAACAAGCUCGCACUUUUUAGUGAUAUCGCCUACAAGAAGAACGUUGGUAUACAAACUUCAUUGAAAUGCCCCGGGUCUACCAACCACGACUCCGACGCCGCCGUUGUCGCAUUUUGUAGCGCGCCAGACCCUUCAUUAUGGCUAAGAGGAAUAAAGGUGACGGAGAACUGUAAUCAGUUAGGACAGUAUGAGCCCGUGGCCGUGUUUGACCAUCACUCAACAUAUCAGCAGUCAGCCGGUAUAUUACUGGCCUGUAAUCAGCAAUCUAUCCAU